AGGCGAGGCAGAUAGGCGUGGGGAUGCGGUGCAAGACUCACAACCCAUAUUUGUGGCGGGUUCCCGGAUAAGCCUACCUUUCCGGUUAUCGCGCAAAGAUCGAACAUAACCGCCCUGCUUCGUCCACGCAAUAUCCAGGCCAAAAAGGCCAAAAAAAAGGAGAGAGAGAGAGAGAGAAAGAAAAGCCCAGUCGCCAAUGGCCGCGACUGCUGCUUCUCCGGCUUCUUCCUGCGUAAUUAUUUUAUCGAAGAAAAGCCUCUCUUCUUCUCCGUUGCUUUCGAGAAUUACUCCUGCUUCCACUCCCCAAUUCCAUGGCAGAAGGACGCCACCCUUCCGUCCUUCCUCCUCUUUAGAAUGGGGGAGGUUGGUAGGUGGAGCGAUUCCUCGCAGUCGCCGGCAAGGCGUGGUCUGUUCGUUUUCCUCUUCAUCAUCAUCAUCAUCGUCUUCUUCUUCUUCGACUCCGCCGCUUCCGGCAGCUCUGCUGUUCGACUGCGAUGGCGUGCUUGUUGACACGGAGAAGGAUGGCCACCGGAUCUCCUUCAACGAGACCUUUGCCGAGAGGGAAUUGGGUGUUAGCUGGGAUGUGGAGCUAUAUGGUGAAUUGCUCAAGAUUGGUGGUGGAAAGGAGAGAAUGACAGCAUAUUUCAACAAGGUGGGUUGGCCAGAUAAAGCACCAAAGUCAGAAGAAGAAAGAAAAGAUUUUGUAGCUUCUCUUCACAAAAGGAAAACAGAAUUGUUCAUGGCCCUUAUUGAGAAGAAGCUGCUUCCUCUCCGACCUGGUGUUGCAAGGCUGAUUGAUGAGGCUCUGGGAAAAGGAGUAAAAGUUGCAGUGUGCAGCACUUCUAAUGAGAAGGCG